GUACAGAGUACUCUUUGUAAGUUUGUAGUAUUUUAGCAACGCUGAAUACUCGGUGCGUUGUUUACUUUUUGUAUUUUUUUAUUUUUUACAACUUUUGCAUGAAGGAAUAUCAUGUCGAAUCAAGAAAUUAGUUUAAAGUGGAAUGGCUAUCAGAAUAACAUAUUGUGUAACGUCAAAGAGCUUUUUAAAGACGAAGGAUUAUGUGAUGUCACCCUGGUGUCUGAAGGACUAAGCUUUAAAGCUCAUAAAGUGAUACUAUCGGCUAACAGUUCCCUUUUUAGAACUAUCUUCCAGCAAAACCCCCACAGGGAUCCAAUUAUAGUACUUCAUGACAUCAACACGGACUCUUUAAGGACACUACUAACGUUUAUGUAUAACGGCGAAGUGAAUGUUACCGAGGAAUCUUUACCAAUUUUGUUAAAAACAGCUGAAACACUAAGAAUCUGUGGACUCUCUACAGGUAGUGAAGGUAGCCGUGAUGCUGAGAAAUCAGCUUGUACUACCCAGACAAGCUCAAAAAAACGUAAAAAGAGUGAACAAGAGGACAAUAAUAACAAAAUUAAAAAACCUUCCAUCAAUGCGAAAGUUGAUGCAUGUAAUUUAAGUCCUGAUAUAAAAAACAAUAAUAUAAUGCCGAAAGUGGAACCUGUUGAUUCGCCUCUUACUGAUGACUCUGGUGAAAACACAAAUGAUACUGACAUAGCGAUUCUUGAUGACAAUAUGGAUAAGAAAUACUCUAUCACCUCUUCACCGAAAUCCCACUUUAGUGACACUAAUGGAAAGAAGUGCAUUAACGAAGUCAGCAGUACUCAGCCAUGUUUAAACACUUGUGAUAAUGAUGAUAAAGAGAUUGAGAUUGAUAAGGAAGUGGAAACUGUAAUUCAGAGUGGAACAAUAGUGGAAUCACUUAAUAUAGCCACAGAGAAUUUGAACUUGUUGUCAAAUGAGGAUAUUAAAGAUAAGUCCGGUACUUCCUAUGCAAAUCCAUCGUUUCCCUGCCCAUUCUGUCCACGAGUCUACAAUAGCUGGGGAUAUCGACGGCGACACGUAAAGUCUCGACAUAUGACUAACAGACUAUCCUGCAAAUGGUGCGUAUCUGUAUUACCAACAACUGGAGCGUGGUAUUCCCACGCCACCAAAACCCAUGGGGUUCCCCACGAAGAAGCCAGAAACUCACUUGUUGUGAUGGUAGAAGCUCACGCUGUUUUGACCCUGAACGAGCCUAGUGUAGCCCAAUUAUUGGGACAAGUAGGCAUGGACCCUAAUGGAACUGUGAGUGAGAAAAAUUAAAUAGCUUUUACAAAUUACCACCAGAUGGCACCAACUUGUUUGGUAACUAUCAAAUAUCGAAGGAAAAGUUUUAAUAAAAUAAUUAUACGUAUAUAAAAAUGUCAUAUUUAAAAAGAUAGUAUCUUCGAAUCCUAAAAUAGAUAUAACUGACAUUGUAAAGAUGAUUUUCGCAACGCCAUCAACAAUAUACAAAUACAAAAUAUAAUAUUUUACUUUAAUUAGAUAUUUAUACAUUUUUACCAAUCGCAGCGCGUAAAUUUACCAAAUUAUAAUCUUUAAAAGUAAAAACUGAAAAAUUAAAAUCUUACAUUACUUGUCAAUCUGUGGCUUGUUGGCUGUGGCAGUUGGCUUUAAUUUUAUUGGGAUUUUAAUAUAAUCAUUUUUUAAUAUUGCAACCGGAGAUCGCUUUGACAGGGGCGCCAUCUGGUGGUGCGAAAUGAAUUUGUUUAAAAUCGUAUUGUGCUUUGUAGGAACUAAAAUAUGAAUUUUUGACAGAUAUAUGAAGCUAUAUGAGGCAUAUGGUGCCUUCUGCCCAUUUCUAUAAAAUAAAUGUUUUCGAACGGCUGUAAUUUUUGUCUAUUUUGAAAAUUUAAAUUACAAAUAAUGGAAAACCUUUCUGACUUAAACAAAUAAUAUCUAUUCAUACUUUGCGUUUUGAGACGUUUUUUAGUUUCCUACAAGUCACAAAAUUUUUGUUUUUCGUAUGAAUUUUACUAUCAUA